CAUUUAUUUAGAGAAAAAAGACAACUUUAAUUCUUUUGAACUUUUCCUCUUACACUCUAUCUCCAGCUUUUUGUUCUUUUUUUUUUGUUCUCUCUCUCCUCUUUUUUUCCUCUCUCAGGUGGACAUCUAAAGAGUAAUUUUCUUUAUGUAUUUUUACCAAUUAAAUUUUGUUAGACAUCUUAUUUCAGGUAUUUAAUGGAGAAAUUGAAAUUGGUGCGAUUUUGGUGAAGUAUAAUAAAUGGAGUUAAGGAGAAGUUCCAGCAUGUCUGGCCCACUUGACCUCUUUGCUCGUCCUUGUUUUGAAGGAUCGUCAAGUCGUGAAAGGAAAGAUCGCAAAUCAGAAUUUGAAAUAUCAGAAGAUGAAAAGAAGAAGAAAGUGGGUGGUUUAAAAAAGAGAGCAAUUAGUGCAUCAAGUAAAAUUAGGCGUUCAUUCAGCAAGAAAAAAAGCAAGAGGAAGAUUGAGGGCAGAAGUGCUACUGUUUCUAUCGAGGAUGUGCGAGAUGUUAAGGAAGUACAGGCUGUGCAAGCAUUUCGGCAGGCACUGGCGUUGGAUGAAUUGCUGCCUGCAAGACAUGAUAAUUAUUACACGUUACUAAGGUUUUUAAAGGCAAGAAAGUUUGACAUUGAGAAGGCAAAACAAAUGUGGGCUGAUAUGCUACAGUGGAGAAAAGAAUUUGGUGCUGAUACUAUCCUUGAGGAUUUUGAAUACAAUGAGUUGGACGAGGUCUUAAAGUGCUAUCCCCAGGGGUUUCACGGUGUGGAUAAAGAUGGAAAGCCUAUCUAUCUUUAUCUGCUGGGAAAAGUUGAUGCUGAAAAACUUAUGAAAGUAACAACAAUGGAACGAUACCUCAAAUAUCAUGCACAAGACUUUGAAAGGUGCUUUGCAGUAAAAUAUCCAGCUUGCUCCAUUGCUGCUAAAAGGCAUAUAGAUUCAAAUACAACAAUUUUGGAUGUUCAAGGCGUGGGGUAUAAAAACCUAACAAAACCUGCUCGUGAACUGAUAAUGCGGUUACAAAAGAUCGAUAAUGAUAACUAUCCUGAGACUCUCUGCCGAAUGUAUAUUAUUAAUGCUGGCAGUGGUUUCAAACUGGUUUGGAAUGCAAUCAAAUCUUUUCUUGAUCCUCAGACGACAUCCAAAAUUCAUGUUCUAGGCCACAAAUAUCAGAGCAAGUUGCUAGAGGUUAUUGACAAAAGCCAAUUGCCUCAAUUUCUUGGCGGUACGUGUGAUUGUGCAGAUCAAGGAGGUUGUCUGAGGUCUGACAAGGGGCCAUGGAAAGAUCCUGAAAUCUUAAAGAUGAUUCAAUCUGGUGAAGCCGAAGUAGCCAUAUCAAACAGCGAAGGGAGGGUUAUUGCUUAUAACAAGAUGGUUAGAAAUAAUGACGUAUCAACUGCAGAGUCUGGUUCCGAGGUUGAUGAGCUUCUUUCUUCUAGAGCACCUGGGCCACCUCUAGAGUUAAAACUGAUGCCGGUUGAUGAAGAAAGUAGAAUGGCAAGAAACAAUGGGUCUGCUGGUGACUUGCCUGAUAGUGAUGAACAUGUUCCUGUAGUUGUGAAGCUCUUGGAUGCUGGAUCCAAAACCGUAGUCUCUAUGGAUCAGUGUAAUCCGUCCAGAGAGACGCCCUCCCAACCAUCUGUGAACGCGGAGCGAAGUCGCUUCCGAAUUGUUGCUGCAAUCCUGGCCUUCUUUGUGAUGUUAUGUAAUUUCUGCCGAGUGGCAACAGUAAAAGUCUCUCAAGGAGUUCCCAGGCUUAUUUCAAAUUCCGUAUGCAGUCUUCUGGAUAUGAUACUUGGACCAGAUUUCAGAGAAGAUCUACAACGACCCUCAGUGAGUCCAGAAUUCAUAGAAAGAGAUAUUAGUUCAAUAAUGAGAAGGCUUACCGAAGUUGAAGAGAAGGUACAGACUUUACAAACAAAGCCGGUGCAGAUGCCCUCUGAGAAGGAGGAGCUGCUAAAUGCUGCAAUAUAUCGAGUGGAUGCACUAGAAGCAGAAUUGAUUGCAACUAAAAAGGCAUUACACGAAGCUUUGAUGAGGCAGGAAGACUUGCUUGCAUACAUCGACGCACAAGAAGCUGCGAGAUUCAGGAGGAGAAAGUUCUGCUGAUGAAGAGUGAGUUGCUGCAUUCAAGGAGAUAUUUUCCAUUUUGUUACUUCUCUUGUUGGGUAGAGUGCUGUGGUAAAUUUUUGAAUCAGUACGUGAUCUCCUUGUAUUUGUGUACAGUAGUGAUAUGAUGCACUUUACAAUCUUCUUCGAAGGUAAAUUUUAGCCUUGAUAACCAAAUAAAAGAAAGAAAAAAGAAAAAAAAAAGUUUGUCUAUAAUUAUUUGUAAGAAGCGGGUUCACAUUAAUUCUUUGCGAGGCCAGGGUGAAUUAACUACGUUAAGGGAAAACUCUCUACAUUCUUCGUAUCAAAUAAGAUGUUAUACUUUUCUAAA